AUGCCCAAAGGUUCUGGCAGCCUGGGCGAGGGUGGUUGGAUUGAGGAGCUGCCUGGGAAGGGCGGGCGGGCGUCGCCAAGACAUUCCCAGACUGUCCCGGACCCCCGACUCGGGAUCUCACCCGGCGAGUGCCUGGAGGAGACCCUAGCAGGGGCCGACCGGGAGGAGUUGCUCUCUGACCCCUGGUUGAGACUCUCGAGGGUUCUCAAGAGCUGCCAGGAGCGGUCUGGGCGCAGAGACCCACUGUGUGACCGGCUGUCCCCUCCCUUCCAGUGCCGGGACUACCGCGGCGGCGCGCUGGUGGGGGACCUCUGCGAGGACCUGUGCGUGGCGGGGAAGCUGCUGUACCGGCGCUGCCUGUACUUCGAGCGGGGCAAGAAGGUGCUGCAGGCCGACUGGCGCGGCCGGCCCGUGGUCCUCAAGUCCGAGGAGGAGGCCUUCUCCAGCUUCCCACCACUCGGCUUCGACCACGACUUCUCCCACCGCCUGCACCUCUGUGACAUCAAACCCGAAAACUUUGCCAUCAGAAGUGACUUCACGGUAGUGGCUAUUGAUGUGGACAUGGCCUUUUUUGAACCUAAAAUGAGGGAAAUUCUUGAACAGAAUUGCACAGGAGAUGAAGACUGCAAUUUCUUUGACUGUUUUUCAAAGUGUGACCUGCGAGUCCACAGGUGUGGAGCCCAGAGAGCCAAUAGCAACCUGCAGGUCAUCUGUGAGAAGAUCUUCCGCCACUGGUUCUCCUCGCCUCUCAGGAGCCCCGCCGUCUCCCUCCCGCUUGGGCGGCAGCUGCGGGCCGCGGUGCAGGAGUGCGCGGCCCCGGGGGACCCCCAGGGACGCGCGCCCCGCAGCCACGGGCCCGCGCAGCCGCAGUGCGUGCGGGGAGGGAGCACGCGGGCCCCCGCCGAUUCCCGCGAGUCUUACCGCAUUAAAAAGUGCAUGUGUGCGUGUGCACGAAUGUGA